AGAGAAGGGGAGGCUGGAGUUGGAAUGGGCCCCAGUGUGGCACAGCCGGCCCAAAGGUCUCUUGGGAUAACAGGCAGGAUGGGAAGUCGGGGAGGAGGGCGGGGGUAGGAGCUCGAUUCAAUGUCUCCCAGGCCCUGCCCCCCAGCCACUUCAGGCCAGGAAGUCCAUGCUGUGCCCAGAGGCCCCUCAGAGGGAGGGGGAAGACUUGGCAGGUCAGACUGCCCAGGAGGGCUGGAGAACGCUCAAGAAGGCGGGCAGGUGGGCUGCCAAUUCUUGGAAAGACUCAUUAACGAAAACCCCCAAGGCUGACCACCUUGGGGAAAGGCUCACCUUUCCAUGUGUAGCCGAUAAGGGCCAGGAGAUUCCACAGUUCAGGUAGUUCCCCCGCCUCCCUGGUGUUUUGUGGUCACCAUUAAUCAUUUCCUCUAACUGUGUAUAUAAGAGCUCUUUUGCCAGUGAGCCCAGUGCUCAGAGAGAAAGGCUAAAGUCCUAAGGAGGAUGUGGCUGCAGAACCUGCUUCUCCUGAGCACUGUGGUCUGCAGCACCUCCGCACCCACCCACCCACCCAGCCCUGCCACCCGGCCCUGGCAGCAUGUGGAUGCCAUCAAGGAAGCCCUGAGCAUUCUGAACCACAGUAAAGACACUGCUGCUGUGAUGGAUGAAACAACAGAAGUCAUCUCUGAAAUGUUUGACUCCCAGGAGCCGACAUGCCUGCAGACUCGCCUGGAGCUGUACAAGCAGGGCCUGCGGGGCAGCCUCACUAGUCUCGAGGGCCCCUUGACCAUGAUGGCCAGCCACUACAAGCAGCACUGCCCCCCCACUCAGGAAACUUCUUGUGAAACCCAGAUUAUCACCUUUAAAAGUUUCAAAGAGAACCUGAAGGAUUUUCUUUUUACCAUCCCCUUUGACUGCUGGGAGGCAGUCCAGAAGUGAAGCAGGCCAGACGGGCCAGAAGCCAGCCUGGGAGCUUACCUCACAGAUCGCUGCCCUCCCAUCCACAAAGAGCCAAACAAAACUCAGGAUCUUCACCCUGGAGGGACCACAGGGUGGGCCAGGGCUGUAGGGAGCACAGACUUGCUCUGGGCCAUGUUGACCCUGAUACGGGUGUGGUAGGGAAAACAGGAGAUGUUUUACACUGGCAGGGAUCAGUAAUAUUUAUUUAUAUAUUUAUGUAUUUUAAUAUUUAUUUAUUUAUUUAUUUUAUUUCAUACCCCAUAUUUAUUCAAGAUGUUUUACCAUAAUAAUAAAUUAUUAAAAACCUGUUUUUAUUUGUGCAGUUUUUCAGUUUGUUUUCUACCAUGAGCGAAUGCUCAAGGUGCUCUCCUUUACCCAGGUCAGGGAGGGGAGGAAGCUGGGAGUUGGGGCAGGGAACAGGGGCCUGCAGCAGAUCAGGCACAAUUGGACAGGCAGUGCUGUCAGAGCACAGGGGAGGUGACAGCCCUCCUGGGUGUAACAUUCUGCACAUCUGGACAUGCUUCCGUGGAUGCUCAAAGGCUCCCACCCCAGAGAGAGGUUUCCAGGUUCACUUUGAAGUCCAAGUAACCCAGAC